AUGCUGGGGAAGGGAAGACUUGGGGAUGGGUUGGACGCGGUAUAUGGUAUAAUACUCCGAAACUCUCUAGAGUUGAAGAAACUAAUAGUUAAGGUGGAAUUAGUACUGACAGCGAUAUGGGAAAGAAGGGAAGUUGGCUUUCGGUCAUUAAGAGGGUUUUUACACACAGCUCGGAGGGAUCUGACAAGAAAAGUGGUAAGGAAAAGAAGAAAACGGCCAAGCAGCAUUGAGAAAAUUCUAGGGGAAGCAGAUGAACUGCUUAUUAGGCCUCCAACAUCUUUAGAGCAUCAAAUAACGCCACCUAAUUUACCUGAAAGGCCAGCAUCUCCAAGGGCCAGUUCACCUAAAUCUGCUUCUCGUAGAGCUCCUUCCCCGAGGACUGUUACUCCCAGGGCUGCUUCUCCUAGAGCCGUUUCUCCGAAGGCCGUUUCUCCUAGGGCCAUUUCUUCGAGGGCUUCUCCCAAGGCUGCAUCUUCCAAGGCUCAACCUCAUCCUAAGAUAAAUCAGAAACAAAAGGAAGUAAAAAAUGUGCACCGUCCAGAACCCACAUUAAGAAACCAGCUCCUUUUUGCCACUAAGAUCCAGGCAGCAUAUAGAGGUUACCUGGCAAGGAGGAGUUUCAGAGCUUUGAGGGGUCUAGUGAGGCUUCAAGGAGUGGUGAGAGGCCAAAAUGUGAGACGACAAACAAUGAAUGCCAUGAAACAAAUGCAGCUCUUGGUACGGGUUCAAUCGCAAAUUCAGUCAAGAAGGAUCCAGAUGUUAGAAAACCAGGCACUCCAGCACCAAGCUUAUAGGAACAAUAAGGAAGUAGAGAGUACCCUGAGCAAAUGGAUAUCGAACCAGUCUGAGGCUGGUAAUAAUGAAGAUUGGGACGAUAGCUUGCUGACUAAAGAGGAAGUAGAAGCCAGGUUACGGAAAAAAGUGGAGGCAGUAAUCAAAAGAGAGAGAGCUAUGGCCUAUGCAUAUUCUCAACAGCUCUGGAAAGCAAAUCCAAAAUCUGCUCAAACUUCUCUGGACAUCCGAUCCAACGGAUUUCCCUGGUGGUGGAACUGGUUAGAACAUAAGCUGCCUCUGGAAAAUAGUUCUCAGAGCCAAAAUGCUGCAAGAACUGUUGCUCUAACCCCUCCAAGGCCUAUUUCAGAGUACAAGCCUAGUCCUCGACUUCAUUCAAGGAAUUACAAGCACAACUUCGGUUUUAACAAUCACGAAUCUUCCUCUCCAAGGUCAUCAAGAUCAACUAUCCCAUUUAGAGCAAAACAAUAUCGUACCCCUAGUAGGACACCUCCACUAGCAAAAGCCUCGCCACGUACAAGAGCUAGUCCGGCUAAUUCAGCCUAUAACAUUCCAUUGAAAGACGACGAUAGCCUCAUGAGCUGCCCUCCAUUUUCUGUUCCAAGUUAUAUGGCACCUACUGUUUCAGCCAAAGCCAAAGUUCGAGCAAAUAGCAAUCCAAAGGAGAGAAUUCCUAGCACGCCGGGAAAUGACUCAAACAGGAGGUUUUCUUUUCCUUUGACGCCAAAUAUUGGUUCUUUCAAGUGGAAUAAAGGAUCUAACAAAGAUACAAAUUCUCAGAAGGCGUUGGAAAAACAUCGGUCUGUUGCAUCUAUAGGGGACUUGAGCAUAGAUUCAGCUGUUUCCAUGCCAGCUACAGCGGGAAGAAAGCCAUUUAACAGAUUUGUGUGA